AGUGGGUUUGGAGUUUUGGUUAAAAUUCCCAGAGCUUCAAUCAUCAACAUUUCUGCAGAAUCCUCAAUCUAAAAGUGGAGAUAUUUUAAUUUCUUUUAAAUUUUAGCGGCAUGACUGAAGCAGAGCAAGAUACUCACACUCAAACCACCGACCGUCUCUGCGAUUUCUGCAACGACUCCAAGGCGCUCCUCUACUGCCGCGCCGACUCCGCCAAGCUCUGCUUCAGCUGCGAUCGCCAGGUGCACUCCACGAAUCCGCUCUUCCACAAGCACAACCGAUCGCUCCUCUGCGAUUCCUGCACUUCCUCGCCCUCCUCCAUCUUCUGCUGCACCGAAUCGGCGCUUCUCUGCCAGAACUGCGAUUGGGACUCUCACAACAAAUUCGGAUCUGUCCACCACCGCCGCCCGCUGGAGGGCUUCACCGGCUGUCCUUCCGUCAGCGAGCUGCUAGGCUUUCUAGGGUUGCAGGAUUUGGGGAAGAAAAUAUUGGAUCUCGACGAAUUUUCGGAUGUGUUGGUGUGGGAGACGCCGUCGGUUGUCAGUCUCAAUGAUUUGAUCGUCGGGAAUGAUUAUGAUGAUUCUGCGCCUGCUUUUCAGGCUACCGGCGUCCCCUCUUUGCCUAAGAAUCGAAAUGCAUUGUGUGGUAAACACAAAGGAGAGAUAUUUAUCCAACUUCAAGAUAUGGCAAAGAAGGAUCCGAACUACAGUGGUUCCCUUGACUUUGAAGCCUAUACUGAAAGUACUCAGCCAGAAAUAACUGCAAAAUAUUUGAAGCCGAGUCCUGGCCUUGAAACUAAAGUGGAACCGCUAAAAGUCCCUUCUUAUGAGCGUAGUAAUGUUGAUUGGUGUUUUGUUGGAGGGGUUCAAGAUGAAGGCUUCCCUUCCACGUAUUUUGGUGAUUUCGCUGAAAUGAGCCAUUUAGUGCCAGACAAGGAUUCAGAUGCCUGUGACAGUACUGGUUUUGCAAAUGGUCUCCAAGAGAAGCAGUCAUGUGUUCCUGGGGAUUCCAAGGCCUUUCAACUGCUUCCUACUUCGGCAACACGUGAGCUCAACAGCCAAGAACGAGACUCUGCACUAUCGCGCUACAAAGAGAAGAAGAAAACUAGAAGGUAUGACAAGCAUGUGAGAUACGAAUCAAGGAAGGUUCGAGCAGAAAGUAGGGUGAGAAUAAAGGGUCGUUUUGCAAAGAUGAAUCAGUAAUUUAUGCUCUGCAAUGGUGUUUGAGUGGUUUCAACUUUCAAUAGUGAGAUUAGUCAGGCAUCAAGGUUGUGCAGAUUCGAACGUCUGGUGAUAUAUGGGUCUGUAUAUAUUCUUUCGAUUAACUGAUAUAUAUACUAACAGCAGCUUGUUAGGGAUUUAGCUUAGCUUGUCCUAGUUUGUGCUGUCAAUUGCACACCUUUGUAUGUUAUCAUCUUCUGGUUUGAUCCAGGAAUGUUUAUGUAUGUGUGUGUAGGUUUGUAGCAUUCGAAAUUAGUGAUAUGUAAGGUGAGGGGGAUUGUUUUUAACGGCGUGUGCAUGUUUUGUUAUGAGAAUCUAUAGUUUCACUGUA